ACCGACACCGGCCCCGGGCCCCGGUGCUCGGCCGGCCCUGGGCGCCGCCGAUGACCCUGAACACGCAACGUGGGAGCCACAGCCCGCUCCGCCGCAGGGCCAGCACCCCCGUGCCGCGGCCGGGGCUCUCCGGUCACCCGCAGCUGGAGCACCGAGCCUCGGAGCCGGGCGCCAGGGCCGCCGGCCCCCGCUGCAGUUGGUCCUCCGAGUCCUCGGGCUCGUCCGGCGCUUGGGAGCCGCUGUACCGGGUGGUGCUGCUGGGGGACCCCGGCGUGGGCAAGACCAGCCUGGUCAGCCUCUUUGCCGGUGUCCAGGAGCGGGAUGUGCUGGAGCAGCACGGAGAGGCCGCCUACGAGCGCACGCUGUGUGUAGAUGGUGAGGAGACCACACUGCUCGUGAUGGACACAUGGGAGCCGGAGCAGCGGGGCAAGGGGAGCCAGUGCCGCAGCCAGUGCCUGCAGGUGGGGAACGCCUAUGUCAUCGUCUACUCCAUCACUGACCGGGGCAGCUUCGAGAGCGCCUCGGAGCUGCGCAUCCAACUGCGCCGUGCACGGCAGCCCGAGGACAUCCCCAUCAUCCUGGUGGGCAACAAGAGCGACCUGGUGCGGAGCAGAGAGGUCUCCAUUGAAGAGGGCCGAGCCUGUGCUGCUGUGUUCGACUGCAAGUUCAUCGAGACCUCGGCAGCUCUGCAGCACAACGUGGCCGAGCUCUUCGAGGGGGUGGUGCGGCAGCUCCGUCUGCGCCGUGGGGGCAAGGAGCCCCAUACACGUACUGCACCGCAGCACAGGCGCAAGGAGAGCCUCACCAAGAGAGCCCGGCGCUUCCUCGACAGGCUGGUGGCCAGGAACAGCAGCAAAGUGGCCCUCAAGUUCCGCUCCAAGUCCUGCCAUGACCUGUCUGUGCUCUGAGAGCCACCGGUGCCUGCCCAGCGCUCCGCACACCCGGGAUGGGACUGUCCUCUCCACCAGCAGUGUGGCCGGUGGCUCCGUGGAGAGCCCAGAUAGGACCAGAGCGAUGCUGAGGAUGUGGAGCUGGUUUAACCAGUGCUGAGGGAUGCUCAGGGUGCUCUGGAUCCGGCCACGUCCCCUCCAGGAACAGAGACAAGUGGGGCCAGGUCCCCUGGGCUGCACUCAUGGAGCAGAGGGUGGGAUCCUGGGUUACAGAUGCUCCUGGGCAGUGGAGGUGAGGAGUGGUUGUGCCCUGGGAGCGUGGCAGGUCCUGCUCAUGGUGCCCAUCCUUCACAGGACAGCAGGGACCAGUGAGGGCACCAUGGUGGUGACAACCUCGAGCACAUCCUGGAGCCUGGCUGGGGAGAGGGACCAGGGAUCACUGGCACCAUCACCAGGGGCCCUGUCCCACAUCCUGGCACUGGUGGUUCUCAGAGUGAGGUUUUUCUGCUGUGUCUGUACUGGUGCAAGGGGGAAACCCUCUAUCUGCAGAAUGAACCAUGCCAGGGGGUGCAGGUCCCUGCUGUGUGGAGCUGCAUCCUGGAGCCGUGUGGAUGGGUUCAAGCCCAGCUCCCUGCCCGUGGCCGCUAUGGGACGGGACGUGCCGGGCUGCAGCGAGGCGGAGGCUCCGGGGGCUGCUCCUGGGACGCCGCAGGGUAACCGGUGACCUCCGCAGCCCCGGCCCGGAGCCAGGGGGGAGCCGGGGUCGGGUCAGGAGUUUCCGCUCGCUCUGCGGCUCCAGCGUUGGGAGCCUCCGGUUGGGGCUGCUCCGAGCGGGGACAGCGGCGCAGGGGGACACGGAGCUACCGGUGAUGGUGGCUCUGUUCCAGGGCAGCGCUGCCCCCAGCACCGCCCCGGGUCCCGGUGCCACCGCUCACCCGGCGCCGCCGCACCGGGGCUGCGGGCUCCCGGUGCCGCUGUGGCUCCCGCAGCUGCAGCCGGCGGUUCCCUGCGGGGGGGCCGCGGAUGGAAACUUGGCAACGGGAGCAGAGGGGAGUGGAAAGAAUGAGCUCAAACCCAGAAAAAUGCGGC